AUGCUUCAUCUGUUCUUUGCAGUGGCGUUUUCUGCAGUGCCUUUGACUCUUUAUAUACCUCCUAUGAGAAGCUUGAAUCUUUUUGUGGAAACUAUGGAGGAUCUUUGUAGGGAAUCAAGUGUUUAUACUGGAAGGAUGUACCCCAGGCUAAGAAAUGCUUGGGGUAGGAUCUUGAAUUGUAUGCUUUGUGUUACUACAAGGUAGAUUUUUCAAGAUUCAUGGUCUGAUCAAUCUUCAAGAUUCUGGAAUUAACUAAGUUAGCAAAGUUGAAGCCUUUUUUGCUUUGUAAAUAAUAUGUUUUGGUCCUCCUUUGUUUUUUCUCUUUUCAAGUUGUACCUAAAAUAACUCUGGUUUUGUGAAUUGUUUGGUGGUUUUCUUCUUCUCUUUGGUUUAGAGAUUUGAUGGUACUUGUUAAAUCAAGAGGGUUAAUAAAAGGGUUAUUUUAGGUUGCAA